ACUGUGGGAGUCUCGGUAGUGCCGCUUCGCCAUGGCAAUGAUGUUCAUGAUGACAACCAAGGAAGGCACAAUGAUGGGCUGUUGCCGCGGGCGGGUGUGGGUGAUCUUGUGGUUUGCAAGUGGUCAGGAAGUGGAGGUAAACCUCGAUUUACAGCCACUCGAGGGCAAGAGGAUUGCGAGGAACGACGUCGGCGCGGGUAGGUCGUACGGCCUACCUCUCUACUGAUGUGGCCGCAUAUGUACCACGGGCAAGAAGCCCCUCACCUCACACCCGGGCGAACAUGUCUCUUGCGCGCGCCGUGCUGCAAGACAAGGUGAGGCUCUUGCCGGCAGCUUGUCAGAAGUCGAGACACGGACACGGGGAGCAUGUCAUUGGCGAGCGAGGCUCGAGAGAGAGAGGGAAAGACCCAUUCCAGCGGGCUCCUCGGUGCCUCCAUCUUUCACAAUUGCCCCUCCCUCAUGUCAUGGAUGUGUGCGCCACUGCUGCUUCCAGAUUGGCUCUAGAUCCCCAAGCAUCCAUCGGAGCAUGCACACCUGACUUGAGCCCUGCAUUUGCCCAUGACCCUGAAUGUGAGGUGGAAGACAAUCAGGUUGCUCUUCAAGGUGUUGUGCUGCGCUUCAGUGGCUACGGACUUCCCGCCGUCUGCCCCUCGCGCGGACGCCGGGCAACGCUGAUCGGCGUCCUUUGGCUACGCAAGGCAGCGCACUCUCUAGAUCUACGCCAGCCUUUUGUAUUGCUUGUGAUGCAAGGACAGAAAAGUGCUUCGUGCGGCACGCCGCAUCCUCAGGGCGGUCAGGUCGUCGAUGCAUGUGACCUCUUAUUCUCCCUCGUCGAAGUGACAUUUUGUCUCUGUGCCUACCUCUCCUGCCGCGUGGGUACUGCUGCAGUGUUCCCUGUUACUUGA